GAGAGACAUCUGAGCGCGGAGGACUUAUUCUGCUCACAAUCACCGACGCUGCUGAUGGUUAUGGAUACAGACCGAGAAUCUGCAUGGCGCGUUAUUGAACGUUGACCGGUGGAGUUUAAAAAACUUUUUUUUUUUUUUCAAAGCUCUUUUUGUUCCCAGAUGAUGGACAGCAGACAAGCGUCACGGACUCUCACACCUGACCGUGCAGCUUUGGCCAACACAUGAAAAAGGAAGGAAAUAUGUUUUGUCUGAUGAAAUCUCGCAGCGUGGCAGUCAGCAGCAGGGCGAUGGGGAGCAGACACGGGACCAAAGCCCAGCGUCACUCCAAACCCAUCACCAAAAUGUACUUGGUUUUUAUUUUGCUGCUGCUCUUCUUCACACCGAGGGUGGAUUCAUCGUGGUGGUACAUCGGGGCGCUGGGUGCUCGGGUGAUCUGCGACAACAUUCCCGGCCUGGUGAACAAGCAGCGGCAGCUGUGCCAGCGGCACCCGGACCUGAUGCAGUCCAUCGGCGAGGGAGCCAAGGAGUGGAUCAAGGAGUGCCAGCACCAGUUCAGACACCACCGCUGGAACUGCAGCACGCUGGACCGGGACCACACUGUGUUUGGCAGGGUGAUGCUGCGAAGUGAGCGGCGUUUCGUGUACGCAAUCUCUUCAGCGGGGGUGGUCUACGCCAUUACCAGGGCCUGCAGUCAGGGCGAGCUAAAGAUCUGCAACUGCGAUGGCCAGAAGCGGGGGCGAGCGAGCGACGACAGGGGCAACUUCGACUGGGGCGGAUGCAGCGACAACAUCAACUACGGCACCAAAUUUGCCAAGGCGUUCGUCGAUGCUCGAGAGAGGAUGGUGAAAGACGCUCGAGCCCUGAUGAACCUGCACAACAACCGGUGCGGGCGGAUGGCAGUGAAGCGCUUUAUGAAGCUGGAGUGCAAGUGUCACGGGGUCAGCGGCUCCUGUUCUCUGAGGACCUGCUGGCUGGCGAUGUCCGACUUCCGGCGAACUGGCGACUACCUGCGCAAGAAGUACAACACGGCCAUCGAGGUGACCAUGAACCAGGACGGGACGGGCUUCAUGGUGGCCGACAAGGACUUCAAGGGAAGCACCAAGAAUGAGUUGGUGUACGUCGAGAACUCACCGGAUUACUGUCUCACGGAGCGCUCAGCGGGCUCCCUGGGCACAGCAGGCAGAGUGUGCAACAAGUCCUCCAGAGGCACUGACGGCUGUGAGGUCAUGUGCUGUGGGCGGGGCUACGACACCACGCGUGUCAAACGUGUCACCAAGUGCGAGUGCAAGUUCAAGUGGUGCUGCGCCGUGGAGUGCAACCACUGCGAGGACUUGGUGGACGUUCACACCUGCAAGCCCCACAAGCGUCCCGAUUGGCUGGACAUAACCUAACGAGGAGACCCGACCAAUCACAAGUCCCCGACGGACGGACUCCAUAACCUGCUCGCGAAUGACUGCAUUUUAUUAUGGGAUAUAUAAUUGGGAUCUCUUUACUGUCAUACCUCUGUGGCUUUUGAUCCUUUGACACUUCAUGAAGCAGAGACUUCACAGACUUUGAUGCUAAACUGGAAAUUAGGCCCGGUUACUGAUUGUGUGCUGCUUUGAAGAAUUUGUUGAGCUUUUUUAAGACAAACGUUAAAUCUUUGAUACAAAACGUCUGAAUAUAUUGUAUUGUUCUGUUGUAAACGCACCGUCGUUUGAAGCAGAGAUAUGAGGUGAUAGAACGUUCAGACGGUGUGACCACAUGACAUCCUGCUCAUACUGACGAUCAUAUUUACAGUCAUAUUUAGCCCGAAGAGAGAAAGAAAGAAAGAUGGAGAUAUCUUUUGGAGAUAUUGUACAAACACUGUGUCAUUUGAAAUGAUAUCAUUGGACGUUACUGCAACAAAAUCAUUUAAAAUACGAAGAAAAAAAAGACAAUCGCUGCUAAUGAGUGCAACUCUAACAAACCAGCAAAAAGUCGGAGGGAGCUUCUUACUCGAUUAAGAUCAGAUGAUGACACUGUGAACCGGAAGCAAGCGCAAACAGAAGGAGCAAGAAAGGACGUUGAGUUAAAGUGGCCGCAUACUCGCUGCAUUUGAAGCUGAAUUUGAGCAGGUUCCCGGGAGAGAAAACGACAGACGAAGCAGGAACGAUGAAGCGGCACAAUGGACUUUGGAGUUACACUUUCCAUACAGUAUCUCACAUAUUUGGUCUGCGAUUGGUCGAACACAUUCUGGCUGUGUUUCCUUAUGGAGAACAUUAUCAUUUCUACCUCUGGCUCUUUGUCUUUGUUUUAACUUUUUUGUUUCGCCGCUAUUCAGACAGCUUCAGGUAACUGUCCUUAGAACUGUGUAAC